AACGUCAAAGCUUUGAGAACAUUACAUUGGAACGGAAGAUGUGAAUUACGCAUUUGAUAACAUAAACAUUUUGUUAUUUUUUGAUAAAUAUGCAUAUUUACAAAAAAAAAGAUUCUAAUAAUAAUGACACAAGUGUAUGAUUAAUGUUAAUCAGUUAUUUAAAACACUUUCGCAUUGAUAAAACUGCAUAAAAUAAUCAUAAAAUUGUACGAUAAACUUGGAAAAAUCUGAAAGAAUGUGUCGUCAUCAGUGAAAGUGUUCGAGUGAUUUAAUAUUAUUGUAUAUAUUUUUGAAAAACCAAAAUAUAAAAAAAAAUAAAAUCCUUGUCGAGGUCAUUGCAAAACGAGAAAAAGAAAACAUACCUAUAUGCAUAUAUAAAACAUUGAAUGCGUUUUUUAAAACAAUUUCGUAUUCAUGUAACAACUUGUUGACCCCCUUCUCGAAAUACUUAUAAAACUAACUUAAGUAUCAAGUUAAUAAUAAUAAGGAAAAUAUUGAUUUAUACAAAAAUAAGUUUAUCAAUAUUUUGUAACAAUAAGAAAACGAAAAACUCAACCACCCCCACCCACUUGCCGCAAGUAGAAAAAAAGUAUUAUGUAGAAUGUGGGAACUUAAUGUAAUAACAAAAUGUGAUUAUUAUUAAUAUUAUUUUAAAAUUCAUUCAUUCAUUUGUAUUCAAGUAAUAAAGUAGUGUUUAUUGAGCAGUUUGGUAUCUAGUGGGUGUGUGUUUGUGUGUUAAUUUUAAAAACCAAUAAAGGCAAAACUACACGCAAGUUAGAAUAUAAAAAAAUGCCAAAAAGUGAUUUCGAUUUUCCGAAACGUCCUCUAUUCCCUUUGGAUCCCAGCAGUACAACGACGAGAAGCAAUGGAACAAGUAGCACAUCAUACAACAGUACAUCAUCCGGCUCAUCGUUGACAAAUAGUACGACAUCCACCGGUAAACGUAUGUUUCUUUAUGCUUCAAGGGGUCUACGAGUUAUACAACUAAAUUGGAAAAUUUUUACAUCCGCCUUGGCCGUGACAUUGUUGGCCAUCAUUUGGUAUUAUCCCGUCUUCUUUCUUUUCCUACUAUUCGUUAUUUAUUCUCUACUUUUAGUGGUGGCCGCUGUGGCUGGUACUGUUUACAUUCAUUAUCUGUUCACCACUAAGGAACCACCAAAGCCAAGCCGUGAACCAUUAAAUGUUUUAUACAAUGCUACCAAAAAUAGUUUAUUUGAUUUACCCAACCCCAUUAAGAAUGCCUCCAAUUUAGCACUGAUAUUUGGUAAAACGGUGGAUUUACAAAUACAACAAAUAAUUGAAUAUGUUUUAAGAGAUUUUAUGACACCAUGGCUGGGACAUGUAGUUACGAAACCCAAAUUAGUUAAUGAUAUUGUUAGAGAGGAUUUUUGGAAUGCCAUAGAAAAAAUGCACGAAAGAGCUAAAAAAAUUGAUGCCUCAAAAAUAAUAGCUGUGGAUAUGGUUAAUAGAGUAACCGUGCAUUUAGAGAAGAUACGUAUAGCAGAAGCCAGAGCUGCCGAAACAAAUACUCCACCUGUUUUCUCGACCAACUCCUAUUUGGUAGAUGAUGAGAAAGAAUUGGAAUUCUUACGUAAAUUAUGUGAAAUAAUGAUAAUACUUCUGCUGCCGAGAGGCUAUUCAUUACCACCUCUAAAAGUUUUAUUAAGUGAAAUGUUAUCCUACAAAAUAUUUUUCCCCAUGAUUAAAAUGUUAACCUCACCUGAUUAUAUUAAUCAAAAAGUUGUUCAAAAUAUUGAAAGCCGUCUAGCUGCAGCUGCCAUAAGUAAAAGAAGCUAUGAAUAUGCGGCUAGUUUCGAAGAUUUUCUCAAGAUCAUUAACAAUUGCGGUAAUCUAGAGGAAUUAUCAUUGAUACGCAAAAGUAUAGUUAAUGAUUUAAUGCAUGCCACUACUGUACAAAAUUUACAACGUGCCAAAGGUAUAGAUCCUGACAAUGAUCCCGAUCAUAAUCUUUCAAAAUCGGAUAUUGCUGCUGCUACGCGAUUGAAACGUUAUAUUCAACAGUUAACAUAUGCCAAAGCUCAGUGUGAAAAAAAUCUGGAAAAAUAUGGUUGGAAUGGCAACUAUUCGAGUGAUGUGGAUUUGAGUUUAAUAGAAAUACUGAAUACCGCUGUAGGCAGACGUUAUUUGACUUUAUUUUUGGAACCUUUAAAGGCAAGUGCUUUGGUGGGAUUUUAUAUGGCUGUGGAGGAAAUGAAACAUGCUCCCAAAUCGUCAGCUCAUCAAUUGGGUACCGAAAUAUUUUACACUUACAUAAGGGUUCCAAAAUCUGAGAUACAAUUUGAUAAACAUGAACGUAAGUUAAUAGAAACGUUUCUAUUGGGUGAUUCGGGACCCGAAAUUUUCCACGACUUGCAAAAACAAAUACUCAAAACUCUAGAGGACAAAUAUUAUCCGCCCUUUGUGUUAAGCGAACAAUAUCGUUUGCUUAAGGAGGCUCUAGAUGCCGAAGACUACAAAGAUCCCACCUUAUUAAUAUGCUCUCUAAGCGAUGUCCAUGAUGAACCUUCUGCCACGCUGGAUGGGGUAGAAGGCAUAACUACAGCUACCAUUGAUGUGGCUGCUCAUACUUCAUAUGCUCGCAAGAAACUAGAACAAAUACAGGAAAGAAUAGAUAAGAAAAAUCAAGCUUUGGAUGCGUUAAAAUGUUCCGUGAAAUCUGAUUCAAAAGUUUUGCAAAUUUUGGAAAAGGAAAUGGAAUGGCUGAAAAACAUAAAACGUCAAACCGAAGCUCAUUUAAGGCGUACAGAUGCCUGGACCGAACACUUGGGUAAAUGGAAGGCCACAUUGCAAAGUGUAGAGAUUUCAGAUGAAAAGGAAUCUUUGCAAUUUAUGAUCUUAGUACACGUUGAUGAAGAUAUAAAUGCUCCGGCAUCAUAUAAAAGUACAAUUGGAAAACCUGAAGCCCGAACGGGUAGUAUAUCCAGUGGAUGGGUGGUAAUGAGAUCCUUAAAUCAAGUUCACGAAUUGCAAAGAAAACUCCGACAUGUUAGUGCCAAUUUAAAAUCAUUCGAUUUGCCAACAAAUUUUAAGUUCUUCUUUUUGAAAAAUGAUAAACAUGCCUUGGAAAAGGCCAAACAUCAAAUUCAAAAAUUUCUAAAUAUUAUUUUAGAAGAUGACCAUCUAAAUGGUAGUGAAGCUAUUUACACAUUUCUAAGUCCUAGUUCAGAUCAUUUGAAACAAACUUUACCCUCACCAAAAAAAUCUAAAUUUUCCCUGUCGACGCUAUUUAAAACAGAAGCUGUGAAAAGUUCUGAUGUGUCGGGGAAAUCUUCAGAUCCGUUUUGGGGUUUGCAGCGUGAUGAUGAAGACAUAUCAAAUUAUUUGGAAGGCGACACAGCAUCAGAUAAUAAAUUGUUAGCCGAUUUAGAUAAUAAAGAUUCAAUAGCUGAACCGUUAUAUGCUUUGAUGGGCGAAAUAUUUGAUAUGGGUGGGGUAUUUAAGUGGCUGCGUAAAAGUAUUAUAUCAUUUGUACAAAUAACUUAUGGUCGAACAAUAAAUAGGCAAAUUCGAGAAUCCAUUUCUUAUUUAUUUGAAGAAUCCAUGCUGCAUUACUAUUUUUCGGCCAUGCUUAAAUCUUUUUGGCCUGGUGGAGUUUUAGCUUCAGCCUAUCCAGUGCGUUCGGAUGAUAUGAAAGAAAUGACUACAAAUGCUGCUAAAGCAUUACUUAUGGAUAAUAUACCCGAAGUUCUAUGCAAUCUUGUGGGUGCCCAGGCAGCCAAGCGUGGCAUAUUGAAAGUUUUUGAUGCUUUACAAAAUCCUAUUUACAACAAACAACUAUUUUAUGAAUUAUUAGAGAUAUUAAUGAUUGAAUUUUUUCCCGAAAUAAAACAACUGAAAAUUCAUACACAUUCAAGUUUAACCACGGCAAGUACUACUGGAAUUACUAAUAAAUUACAAAAUAAUAAUCAUAAUGAUAAACAACAACAACUGCAUCAUAAUCCAGCUCACAGUAGUGGUAGUAGUGCUGCUGGCAGUAGCGGUGGACAACAAUCACAUUCGAGUCACUAUCAUCAUGCGGGAAAAUAAUUAAUUAGAAAAAACAAAAAACUAUUAUCAGGUGCUUCAUAACCAAAUAUAUAUACUUAUAGUAUAUAGAAGAAAAAAUUAAUAACGAACCAAAACUGAUAGAAACUACAGCAAACCUUCAAUGCAUUUAAUUGAAUAUUUUUCAAAUACUUUUAUUUUGUUUAAUGUUUUUUUUUUUAAGUUAAUCAGUACAAGAAUUUAUAUAGUAAACAACUAUUAAGGUUUAAGGGUUAUUAAUUUUGUUAUAAUGGUGCGAUUACUCGAAAUCAAUGUAUAUGAUAUGAACACAUUGUACACUUAUCUUAAUUUGGUAUUUACAAAAUUUCUUAUGAUAUCGAUAUUACUGGGUUAAAUUGUUGAAACUUAUUUAUGUUAACUAUAGAUUGUAAGUUUCUACAUCAUUUUCAAUUGUAUUUCAGAUUUUUCGAAUUGUAUUUAUGCAUUUUAAAUUCGUAUUUUUAAAAUUAUCUUUUGAAUUCAAUAAGAAUUUCUUGAGAAAAUUCCAAAUGAAUUUCCGAAUUUCUACUUUGAGAAUAUGAAGUUGAAAUUUAGAAAAUUUCAAAUAAAAUUGAAAAUUUCAAUUUAAAAAAAUUCCAAUUGAAAUUGAGAAAAAUCCAAACGAAUUUGAGAUGACAACUAGAUAGAUAUAUUUGUGGAUCGCAAUGCUAUAACAUGGAAUCCGGCUUUAUUGGAAUUUCUUUCCAAUAAAGCCGGUAGAAUUAUUAGAGAGAGUCGUUAAAAUUUUACCCCAAGAACGUCAAACCAUGGAUAUUUUCACUUUUUUCUUUUUAAUUUUAAUGAAAUACAAUUUGCUAAUUUUUUGCUAAAAAACUUUUUGAAUUCUCUCAAUUUCAAUUGAAAUUUUCUCAAUUUCAUCAAUUGCAAUUUUCUAAAUUUCAAUGAAAAGUGGUUUCUUUCAUGUUUAAUUAUUUACAAAUUGUCUGAAGCCUAUUUGUAAUAGAUUUGAAUUGAAGAUCAUUCAAUAAAUUGAACUCAUUCAAUAAAUUUUGUAUGCUAUUUUGUAAAGUAACGCUACUUUCAAAUAUUUUGGUAACGGUUUAGGUUAAUAUCUGUCGCUGAGGUGACGAUCUUUGGCCGAGUAAAUCUCGUGUCGUUCUGUCGCGAAGAUUCAACGAUAUUUAGUGUUUACGGUAAUAGUAGUUAUUUCGGUUAAGGUAUUUUAGGUUUUACUUUACAGAUCUGAGAGUGAAUAACUUACAAACAAAUAACCAAAUAACUUACAAACAUGAUUGAUACAUCAUGUCAGGUAUAGUCCUGGUUUUGUUGCUAUUUAUAAUCGAUAAAAUCGGCACACUAUUAAAUGAGAUUUAUACAAAAAAAAAAAAACGCGACUACCUCGAAAAUAUGUUGUGGUUAAGAUUUGUUUGUGGCGAAAACAAAAUUUUUAGUGGAUAAAAAAUUCUUGUGGACAAAUUAAACUUUUAUUUUCAAAGUAAAUACCUUAAUUUCGCAAUCAAUUUCUUUUAGAUUAUUUUAAUAACGAAAAGUGACAUUAUGUUAGAGUUUAUCUAUGUUUAAGUUAUUUUAUAAACUUUUUUUAUUUAUUGUUUUGAUUUAUUUUUAGUAUUGCUUUCUUUUUAAAUUUGUGAAUUUUAAUUUAAAAAUUGUAAAAAAACAUAAUUAUUUUAUUAACUUUUAAUUUCAGUGUUUUUGCAUUGAAGGUCCAUUAUUUGUAUGUAUAUUUAAAUAUGUAACUUGUUGAUAUUUUGUAGGCAACUUUAAAAAGGUUUGAAAACUAUUGGUCUUAUGUUUAGCUUUAUAUUUAUUUGACAACAUUGAAAUCUAAAUCAAUAAAAAAUUACAGUAUUAAAUCACAAUUUUAGGAAUUUAAGUAAAUAAAAUAUAAAAAAAAAAUUAACCAAAACAUUCCAAAGAAUUUGUUAUAGCAAAAAUAAAAUGUAGACACAAUUUUAAUUUACACAUAUACAAAAAGAAAGAAACAAAUUAUUAUAAAACGAAAAAUCGAAAAAAAUUAAAAAUUAAACCUAACUUAACUUAACCUAACAAAAUAUUUAGAGGGCAAUUUUUAGUUCAGAUUUUAAGCAAUUUUAAAUCAUUUAGUAACUACUAUACAGUCAUUUCACAGAAUUAAGAUUGACAAUAUAAUUGUUUUAGAAAACUUAUGACAUUAGUAAGAUUUUUAUGGUAUUUCUUAUUCAAGGAUUCAAAUUCUGUGUCAUGACAUGUGGUUUAAACUGAAUGUCAAAAAAAAAACAUACAAAUAUACACUCAUAUUUAAACUAUUUUACACACACCUACAUAGACAUAUAAACACUGAUUUUAAUUAUGUUGUGAAUGUUAAAACAAACUAAAAAAAAUAUUUAAAAUAAAUUGAAAGCAUAUUGUAAAAGUGUUAUGGUACUUUUUAUAGUAACCAAUAUAUAAGUUUUUAAAUGUUCAAUGGCUAGAUGUAUUGUGUAUUUGUAUAUUUAUAUAAUUUUAUUAAGAAACUGGAAAAAAAAAUAAUAAAAAUGGUACUAAAAGUCACAAUGUAAAUUUGUAUUGAAAAUCCUGUAUAGUAUAUUGAAAUUUAAACAUAAUGAAAUAUGUAUGUACUUUUGUAAAUAAAUAUUAUUAAAUAAAAAAACACUAUUUAUGUACACCUUCCUAUAAAAAACAACAACGAAAA